AUGGGAUUGUCGACUCCAUCCCUAGUUUAUGUUCACUUUCUGGUGGCCAUGAUACUAUUGAACGUAGCAGGUAAUUCUCUGGUCUGCCUUCUGGUAUUGAAGAAUAAAGCAACGAAAACCAUCAUCAACUGGCUUCUCUUCCAUUUGGCCAUAGCUGAUUUGCUGGUCGCUGUCUUCUUCAUUCCUCCCUGUGUUGUCAGUCACUUCGUUCAGCUGCCGAACGGCUUCUUAGGGGACCUGCUUUGCAAGUUUGUUUUCAGCGGUAACUUAGGUUGGGUGGCGGCAGCAGCCUCGAGCUUCCUGCUUGUGGUGAUAGCGUUCGACCGUUACAGAGCUACCUUACAUCCACUCAAAACGCUUCGGAGUCGACGGUUAACAAGGAUAGUGCCAGUAGUGUGGAUUCUUGCUGCUCUGUUGUUGUUACCCAGCAUCAUUGUGUCAGCCUACGAUGAAGAACGUCAAGGGUGUGUGCAGAGGUAUCCCAGUUACGCCCUAGCUCGAGCGAACAAGAUCUUCUGGUCAACCGUAAAUUGCGUGCUGCCAAUUUGCAUGAUGGGAUACCUAUACAUACGGAUCGCUUUACGCCUGCGUCAUCGUGAACUUCUGCUGGAUUCAUCCAUCGGGGCCAUACAACAGUCCCGAAAAAGGGUAACCAAAAUGCUACUCUCAGUGUCCCUUAUCUUCACCUUGUGCUGGACGCCUCCUGCAGCACUUUGUCUCUUGGUUAAAUUUGUUCCUGAUGCGUAUACAACAGUUUACUUUGUGUCUAAUGUAUGCGCUCUUCUUAACUCCUGCAUCAACCCUCUUGUAUAUACCCUGCACAGUCAACAGUUUAGGAAGAAUCUCGCCUCACUGAUGCCCUGCUAUAACAGAAAGAAAAUUUCACUUUCGCACUGA